AUGUACUGUUUUUACAAGACCUGUCCUUGUUUCUUUCGCCGUUCUGACACCCAGGUGUCCUUGGCGAAUUAUGCCUCUGAUGACGAAGGAAACGUGGAAUUCGAAAACUUACUGGCUCAACGGGAUCCUGAACCUAUAGCCGCUUAUCUUGAUCGCACUGCUUCCAGUGGAAACAACGCACAAGGAUAUCUUAGGGUGAAUCCCAUGUCUCCGUUUGGUCGAAACGGUGCGUCUUCCAGUAGGGUUAGUUUCGCAUCGGACGACGAAGACCAUACACAGGACGAUGCUGUGUCUCUACCUGACGAACAGAUAAGUAAAUUCACGGAACAGUUAAUUGACGAACAGUUCAAAAACAACCAACAAGCUGACGCUCAACUAGCAGCAGAAGAAGAAGAAGCUCGUUUGAUGGAAGAAGCAGAGAUAGAGCGCAAGCGUCAAGCUGCACACAAAAAGGCCAUCGCUAGAGGCUUUCUCCCUCCUAUCGAAUCCACGCGCACCAAAGAUACCGUCUUCAGUCUCGAGGACGAUGAUUCCGAUGAAGAGCAAUUCACUUCAGCUACACUGGGAGGUUCACGAACGAUGGAACUAUCAACCUACACCUCGAUUCCUCCAUCUCCCAAACGACGAUACUCCCGCCGAACACGCAGCUACAGAUACGAUCCGUCUGCAACAGAGGACGAAAUCGAUCAUCCAUUUGCACACAUCCUGCCGGACAUUUCAGGGCGUAUCGGAGCAUUUUUGUUUGGGAAAAGGAACGAGGAAGAGGACGAGCGUGAAGACAUUUAUGAGACAGAUGGUUCGGGUCAGGUGAAUAUAGAUAUUGAACCGAGUGUGGAUAGACAGUUUGCGAAAGAUGUAGACGCCACAGAAUUGGGCAGAACGGAAGAGCAUAAUUCCUCUCUGGAGGUACCUGGAAGUGGGAACGACAAAAGUAGAUCGAGAAGUAGUAGUUUCAGGAGGUUUGUCGAGGGUGUGACGAGUGUUUUUGAUACGGACGUUGAUAUUUAA